CAAGUGUUUGCUAUUCAAUGGAAAGUGUAGUCAAAAAACGCUAGCAUUUAGUGAUUGCCGUCAAAACCAAUACAUAAUCAAUAAAAUCAAUGUUUUUGGCGUAUAAUUCAUACAUCAUUUAGUGUCAUAUAGUGUAAUCACACAAUUGACCAGCAUCAAUUCACCGUAAACCCACUGUUAUCAAGUCCCAAAAACUAUUCAUACAUUUCUGGUGUCCAUACAAAUGACCGCAAAAAGUGUCUGAAAAACAUGUGUUUACUCUAAAUAUUACCACAAAUUUAGCGUUAAAUCAAUUGAUCCACGAAUUGGUGGCACAGAUCUACCGGCACUCCCAUCGACAGCACCGGUAGUCAUGAGUGAAGAGGACUUCUCGCUCAUAGAGUCGGCCGAAGAGGUGCUGAUACCCAACGACCGGUCCAUCGAGGAUCAGAUCAGCAAUAAUUACUACAUCGAGGAGUACUUAUCGUUAUUUCACGCCAAGGGAGCGGUCGGUGCGAUGAGACGGACGGCCCUGCAGUCGGGCCUCAGGAGCUGCCGGUUCCGAUCGUUGUGUUGGAGGGUAUUCCUGGAAUGUCUGCCCGAAUCGACCGAUGAGAGGGUGGCGAAGGUUAACGAGUAUCGCAACAAAUACGAGUCCAUACGCCUGAAGUACAACAGAGACCCCCGGAUGGCCGCCAAUGGCCGGGGAGAUCACUGCCCCACCCGUCGCACCGAAGACAACCCGCUCUCUCAGGAGACCACUAGUCAGUGGAACCAGUACUUCACGGACAGCGAGUUGAGGUCCCGGAUCACUCAGGACGUGAUCCGUACGUUCCCCGAAAUCGACUUCUUCCAGUUGCCCACCAUUCAAGAGGUGAUGGUUAACAUACUGUUCCACUACGCCAGAGAGUACCCGUCCAUCGACUAUAAACAGGGAAUGCAUGAGCUGUUGGCGCCGUUACUGUUUGUCAUACAUUGCGAUCACCAGACCUUCCUUCACGCCGAGGAGAUUGGACUCAUUGAGGAAGAGAUUAAAGUAUUAAUGGAUCCGAAGUACAUCGAGGGGGACACGUACUACCUGUUCUGUUCGGUGAUGGAAAGGGUCGAGUCCUGGUAUGACAACCACUCCAUUCAGACAAAGGUUCUCAUCAAAUGA